AAAAUAAGAAAGUAAUAUUUUUCUCGCAUGCGGCGUGAUGUCUGCUUCUACGAAAUCCUCGAUCAAAUGUCAAGCGAUGGAACAUAUCAGGGGAUAUGGCAGUCCGAGAAAAUGGAAUGUGCGUUUUAGUAAAGAUCAUGGUAUUGCUGUUGUAAAUUGUGGCUCAGAUUCUCUCUUCAUAUACGACAAGGAGAGUAAAAAAUUGGGUACUCUUAAAUUUCCUGGCCAGUGUCACUGCCACGACCUGGUUUCCCACCAAGGUCUGUGUUCGUUAGUGUGUGGACUCCAAGACGGAAGAAUCUUCAGCUGCAGCCUGCAGGAAUGGUGCCACCAGAAAAAGAAGAAGAAACAUAAAAGCAAGUCCAAGAACAAGGCUGGAAGUACGAGUUCAGAAAGCAAGGCAGCUGUUGCAGGUGACCAAGGUCUGAAUGAGGGAAAAUGGGAGAAGAGAAGGUUUGAUGGAGAGGAUGAUAUCUUCAGAGACCUGCUUGGAGGAGGGGAUAGAUCUGGCUCUGCAACCAAAGAUUCUACCAAGGAUCCGACAAACAUUCUCUACCAAGAAUUCAUGCAAGCUGUUGAUCCAGUCACCAAGGUUGAUGAGCAGAAGAUCAUACUGCGAGUGGACAAUCUGGAAAGCUUUGUGAUGGUCAGUGACAGUCUGGUAACCUGCAGCAGGGAAGGGAUCGGAUGGAGGGUUUCCGUUCAUUCCUGUCAACUGAACAAGGAUUCUUUCACCUGUGUCAAAAAUCCCCUGUACUCUACCCUCAUCUUUGGUGCUGAUGACACCAUCCCCCGUGGACAAGCUUCAUUCCAGAAUCCAGGAGUUGAAACCAAGGAUGAAGUGGAGGCAACAGUUGGUGUUGGUGUGUAUGGACUGAUGUCAUCAAGUUCCCAUGGCAACUCGGAUGUGACGAUGCAGUCUUGCGGCAUUCUUGUGACAUCGGAUGCCCUCUUCAACGCCAUGUGGGGGUCAGAAGCCAAUCUGGUUGACUCACCAGUUAUCGUCAUCACCUUACCAGAUGGUUGUGUCUAUUCUAUCACCUUGAAAAGCUUCCUAUCAACAUCCUUUUCAUCAGCAAAGAGUAUCAGACUUUUAUGUCGCUCCCUAGAACCAGUUAUUCAGGUCUGCAUCACCAGUUACAGUAUCCAGUCUAAUUUGGCUGGAUCUAGUUUGAACUGCCUUGUACUGAUUGGUGCUGGUGGACAGCUCAUGACUUUUUAUGAAGAUCCAUCUGAUAGCAAUAGCACUGAAAUCAGUAGACUUCACACAAGUUCACCCAUUGCAGCUGCUCUUGUGACAAAGGACACUCUUAUAUGUGCCUCAAACUUUGACCUUAAGUUCAUAACCUUUCAUCUUAGAGAUACUGUUCUGCAGAUGUCUAUGAGCAGUUGCAGCAUGCCCGGUAUAGCAUCAGUUGCACUUUUGAAAGGUACCAGCUCUUCUUACAAAUUCCUAGCCAUCAAGAAAAAUGGAACAGUACUCCAGCUGUUACUUCCAUCAGAACACACUGCCGACUCAGAUCAAGCAGGCAUCAGCUCCACAGCAGCCAGACAGCGAGUUCAUGAGGCUCUUCGCAACAUGCGGGAGGUGUCGUCCAAGAUGGCUGCCCUCACCCGAUUGGGCAGCAGGCAGAGGGCGGUCCUUGAGGAGCUCAGUAGUGCCCACCACAUUGUCUGUCAAACCUGGGAGGCAUCGGGUGCCUUUGAACUUGAGACCAGAGUAGAAUGCUUUUUUGAGAAUGGACAGAAGAGCACUAAAGUCUUUUGCAAAGUGACAAACUGUACCUCUUGGACAAUAUCACAUGGAUGGACCCUGAUUGGUACGUUGCUGAGUGAUUGCCAAGAAAGGUCAAAGGUCAACAGGACUAAGUAUCACAGGACUAGGAGUACUCCCCUUGUAGGGUUUGCGCCAAAGACUGCUGUAAUGCUUAGCUUUGUGUUGGAUGAAUCAGGAUGUGCAGAGUCCUGGCCACUGACUGUGCAGUGUUCCCUCUGCUUUGAUCUCUCUGCUCUCCUUGAGGAUAUCCCGGUGAAGGAAGACCUUGGCAAAACUGUGGAGAGUUCUGUUGCAUUGGAUGGAGAGGUGAAAGGUGCCGUGUUCCCCAUCGGAAGCUCUGAGGUAGAUAUCCUGGAUUCACUUCAGGAGAGAGUGCGAUGCUCAACAGGGUUAGAGAGAAGGAAUCAAAGGCAUGACUGGACCAAAGCAAUCUUGAGUAGAUCAUCUGAAAGUUCAAACCCCCAUCGGCAAGUGUCUGCUGCUUCUCAAAGCCAGAUGGCCUCUGCAACCAUUAGGCUUGAUAGGAAUCUACUCUCGAGACCCUCUAAUGUUGCAGACAGCAGCAGGGUCCUGACAGAGCAGGUGCUUCAGUGGCUGUUGCCUACCAACCAGUCAGUAGUCAUCAAAGACUCCUGCAUCGAAGCAGUGACACCUUGUGGUUGUCUUGUCUCAAUUCAGGCUCUGGAGCAGAAUGGCGAGGUGUCCCUUCAGAUCACUUCAUCAGACGAGGAGAUAACAAGGGCAUUGAUCGAGGCAAUACAUAGAAGAAUAAAGAAUUCCAAACUUGUGUCAGCUGAAUUUAGGGUGGACUGUGAGAAAAUGAAGAAAGAAGCUUCUUCUGUCAAGAUUCACCUUGGGAAGCUACUCUCAAUUAGUGAUCAACUAACCUCUGCUAAAUCAAGAGAAGACCUUACCAUCCUAGCCAAGGAACUGAUGCAUCUCCAUGGUGACAUGAGAAGACAGAUAACAAUACAUUGACCACAACCAAACACACCAGGGUCUCAUCACCCAAGACAAGGAGUUUAAAAAGGUCUAUGGAAUGGACUAUCCACUAUGUUUUCCAGAUAAAAUUGUGUAACACAUAGAGAACUAGAGACUUAUAUUUGAAGACUGUCU